AUGAGUCAUCUUCACACUCCCAUGUAUUUCUUUCUGAGUAACCUUUCGCUAUCUGAUUUGUUGUUGUCUACAGAUAUUAUACCGAACAUGCUGCAUAUUAUGCUUGCAGAAGAAAGCAGCAUACCAGUCACAAAUUGCAUAUUUCAAUACUACGUGUUUGGUUCUCUUGCAGCUACUGAGUGUUUACUUUUAACAAUGAUGUCUUAUGACCGUUACUUGGCGAUAUGUAACCCAUUACGAUACUCUUCCAUCAUGGACAUUCAUCUAUGUCUAGGCCUUAUUGUGUUUUCUUGGAUAGUGGGGUUUCUUCCAACUUUGCCAGUUGCAAUUUGUGUAUACAAACUAAAAUUCUGCAGUCCAAAUAUCGACCAUUUUUUCUGUGAUCUAGCCCCUUUCUUGGAACUUGCCUGUUCAGACACCUCAAUGGCUCACUUGUUGGCACUUGUCUUUUCAGUGUUUGUUACUUUCUGUCCAUUUCUUUGUAUCAUAGUAUCCUAUGCCUUCAUAAUCUACAGAAUUUUGAGGAUACAUUCAGAUACGAGGCAGAAGACCUUCUCAACAUGUAGCUCUCAUUUGACUGUUGUGUCCAUGUAUUAUGGCUCCUUAAUCAUUAUCUAUGUGGCGCCUUCAAAAGAACGUUCCGUAAACCUAAAAAAAUUCCUCUCUCUUUUGUACACUGCCGUGACACCUUUGUUGAAUCCUAUCAUUUAUUCACUGAAAAAUCAAGAGAUGAGUAAAGCAUUUGGUAAAAUUAGUACAAUGUUUUCUUGA